CCAUACGUCCACGAGACCACAACACACCCGGCAGCCAAACCGAGCGGAAACGACCCCCCUCCCCCCCCUCUCUCUCUCUAUCUCCCGCCGCGUUCCCCCGCAAUCCAAUCGGCGGCGCCCGUACUCCGGCGCCCAAUCCGAGCCACCAGAGCCCGAUUCGAGCGGUCCCAGCAAGGAAUCGGAGGGAUUCGCGGCCGGCGGAGGCCGGAGCUGCCCAGGAUGAUGGCCGGGUUCACGGGGAAGAGGAAGGAGCUGGAGCAGGUGGUCGACGGGCUCUCCGACUUCUCCCUCGCCGGCCCCGCCGCCAAGUACCGCAGGCUGGACCCUGGUCUCCCACCUAUUUUGGAAGAAGAACCACCUGCUCCUUCCAUCCAAUUUCAACACGAGAUGAUGAGAGGGGAAAUGAAUAAUGGUGUUACCGUGCCCAUUGUGGAGGAUAUGAUAGAAGGUGCCAUGCCAACUCAUCUGUCCAGUGAGGACAGGGCACUUGUUUUAUACAAGCCAGUAAAUAGCCCUGCCCUCAUUGGUCCUAGUAUCUCAAACCCUUCAAUCAUAGUCAGUUCAGACUUGAUCCGUGGUCUAAAGAGUCAAGCUUUCAAUCCAAGGAACUGUCAUGGGCUGGAGGACAAUUCCCCUGAACGCAGCAAUUGCCUGGCCUUAGUUCCUUGGGCACCACCAGUAAUUGCAACGGCAUCCAAUUGGUCUGCUUCCCAACCAGAAAACACAGAAAUUUUUGAAGAGCCAAUGGAUGCUGAUGAAACGGAAGUUACUUCUAUGGACUUCGAAGAAGCGCCUCAAGCAAUUGCUACUGGAAUCAGCGGCGAGAACCUUCAGCAGUGGCAGCAGCACUGUUUGACCCCACCAUCGCUGCCGAACCCGUCAGCGCCUGUUAUGUGGUCAUGGUGACUCUGGUGACAUUGCUCCCCUGACUGCAUGUUUUACUCACACGAAGGAUGAAGAAAUCCUAUAGUUGGCCUCCACUAGAAGUGGCUGGUUGAUUUAGUUGGCUUGUGAAAUUGUUGCUAUGUGCAUAAUAGCACCUCCUAGCAUAGUGCUGACCUUCACACGGUGAUAGACUUUUGUGUUAGAACUCAUGCCCUGUUACAGUACUGUCAGUGGACAUUUUGUGUUAGAAACAGCCCUGCUAGUAUCGGCGUCAGAUUAAUCUGAUCUGGUGUGAUGGGUGCAACAUAUUAGUGCCUUUGAGAGGCUAUUGUUACAAACUACGGAGUAGUAGCUUAUAAUUAGUGACAGUAUGGGAGCUCAAUGGGCUACUGAUAGUGGUGUUCGGUUGUCUUUGUUAAGCCAGUACUCCCUCAAUGGGCUACUUAUAAUUGGUGACAGUAUGGGAGCUCAGUGGGCUACUGAUAGUGAUA